AUGCAUGUUGUACACUGUCAUUAUAUCGGACAAAGCCCAAAGUUAGGCGUAAGGCACAACAGUUGCCAUUGCAGUGCGUCUCGGCACCUGUGCCUUUUCUACGCUGACUCGAUAAUUUCACCUCCAGCCAGACGCUCAGGAGGUCCACACCUGCUGCCAUUUCUGCACCAUGAGCUUUUGAGCGCAGAGCAUGGCCUCCCUCGCGACCUCUCGGUCGCGGCUCCCGAUGAGUUCCAUGACGCGGUCCUUGACGCGGAACUUUUGGCAGAUGGUCUUGCCGUUGUGGUACAGCCGGGCGAACUCUCCCAGAUCAAAGCACGCCACAGCGAUGGUGGUAGGGUCCUCGGAGGCGUAGAGCAGCUUGACCAGCUUAGAGAUGACGCUGAACUCGUCGUCCUCGAAUUUGUCGAAAUGGACGGCCCAGAACUUCUCGGAGUGCAGCACGGACCACUUCAGCGCUCCGGUGUCGACCUCCAGGACGUACCUCUCGAAGUUGCUGAUCUUCGUGGUCUUGCUCUCGAGGGACGCGUGGAGCUGCUGGAUGUUGUCGUAGAGCUCGACGUCGCGCCACUUGUCGUACUCCAGCAGCGUGAGAGUCUGCGAGACGUUUUUCUCGAUGAUGAGCUCGAGGCAUCGUGUGUUUUUGAAGAGGUUUUUCAGCAGCAGCAGGCAGACGCGGACGAUCUUCUCGAUCUUGGUGGAGCAAAAGAGGUCGCACAGCGCAUGCACAAGACCCUUAUCGUACAUGGCAUCGACGUACUUUGGGCUGCGAGAGAACUGCCAGAGGCAGUAGGCCGCCUUGUACUGCGCGUUUGGCGCGGCUUCCCUCUUCAGGCAUCUUCCGAUCAGCUCGAUCAGGGCAGUCUCCUGGAACACGGAAUCGCGGAAGCUCUCCUCCUCAAUCAGGUUUGCGAUGGCGUAGAGUUUGGGCGCUGCGUCGGUGUUGCUGGCAAGGAUCGACCGCAAAAGGCUGAUCGCCUGGUCGAGGGUGAAUCUGCCCUUCCCGCACGCAAGUAA